GGGCGGGCCCUGGGAGAUGCGCGAGCGACUGGGCACCGGCGGCUUCGGGAACGUCUGUCUGUACCAGCACCGGGAACUUGAUCUCAAAAUAGCAAUUAAGUCUUGUCGCCUAGAGCUAAGUACCAAAAACAGAGAACGGUGGUGCCAUGAAAUCCAGAUCAUGAAGAAGUUGAACCAUGCCAAUGUUGUAAAGGCCUGCGACGUUCCUGAAGAACUGAAUGUUUUGGUCCAUGAUGUGCCUCUUCUAGCAAUGGAAUACUGUUCUGGAGGAGAUCUCCGGAAGCUACUCAACAAACCAGAAAAUUGUUGUGGACUUAAAGAAAGCCAGAUACUUACUUUACUAAGUGAUAUAGGGUCUGGGAUUCGAUAUUUGCACGAAAACAAAAUCAUACAUCGAGACCUAAAGCCUGAAAACAUAGUUCUUCAGGAUGUCGGUGGAAAGAUAAUGCAUAAAAUAAUUGACCUGGGAUAUGCCAAAGAUGUUGAUCAAGGAAGUCUGUGUACGUCUUUUGUGGGAACACUGCAGUAUCUGGCUCCAGAGCUCUUUGAGAAUAAGCCUUACACAGCCACUGUUGACUAUUGGAGCUUUGGGACCAUGGUGUUUGAAUGCAUUGCUGGGUACAGGCCUUUUUUACAUCAUCUGCAACCGUUCACCUGGCAUGAGAAAAUUAAGAAGAAGGAUCCAAAGUGUAUAUUUGCUUGUGAAGAGAUGUCAGGAGAAGUUCGGUUUAGUAGCCACUUACCUCAACCAAACAGCCUGUGUAGUUUAAUAGUAGAACCCAUGGAAAACUGGCUGCAGCUGAUGCUGAACUGGGACCCUCAGCAGAGAGGGGGCCCUGUUGACCCGACUUUGAAGCAGCCAAGAUGUUUUGUCCUAAUGGAUCAUAUUCUGAACUUGAAGAUAGUACACAUCCUAAAUAUGACUUCUGCAAAGAUAAUUUCUUUCCUGUUACCACCUGAUGAAAGCCUGCAUUCCCUCCAGUCUCGUAUUGAGCGUGAGACUGGCAUGAGUCCUGGUUCUCAAGAGCUUCUUUCAGAGACGGGGAUUUCUCUGGAUCCUCGGAAACCAGCCUCUCAGUGUGUCCUGGAUGGAGUGAGAGGCUGUGAUAGCUAUAUGGUUUAUUUGUUUGAUAAAAGUAAGACUGUAUAUGAAGGGCCAUUGGCUUCCAGAAGUUUAUCUGAUUGUGUAAAUUACAUUGUGCAGGACAGCAAGAUACAGCUCCCGAUUAUACAGCUGCGGAAGGUGUGGGCUGAAGCCGUGCACUACGUGUCUGGGCUCAAAGAAGACUACAGCAGGCUCUUCCAGGGACAGAGAGCAGCAAUGUUAAGUCUCCUUAGAUACAAUGCUAACUUGACAAAAAUGAAGAACACUUUGAUCUCAGCAUCGCAGCAACUGAAAGCUAAAUUGGAGUUUUUCCACAAGAGCAUUCAGCUUGACUUAGAGAGAUACAGUGAGCAGAUGACCUAUGGGAUAUCUUCAGAAAAAAUGCUGAAAGCCUGGAAAGAAAUGGAAGAAAAGGCCAUCCGCUAUGCUGAGGUUGGUGUCAUUGGAUACCUGGAGGAUCAGAUUAUGUCUCUGCAUGCCGAAAUUAUGGAACUCCAGAAGAGCCCCUAUGGGAGGCGGCAGGGGGACUCGAUGGAAUCUCUUGAACAGCGCGCCAUUGAUCUAUACAAGCAGUUAAAACACAGAUCUUCAGAUCACUCCUACAGCGACAGCACAGAGAUGGUGAAGAUUAUCGUGCACACCGUGCAGAGUCAGGACCGGGUUCUUAAGGAGCUGUUUGGCCAUCUGAGCAAGCUGCUGGGCUGUAAGCAGAAGAUUAUCGACCUGCUCCCCAAGGUGGAAGUGGCCCUCAGUGACAUCAAAGAAGCUGACAGCACUGUCAUGUUUAUGCAGGGAAAGAGGCAGAAAGAAAUAUGGCAUCUCCUUAAAAUUGCCUGUACACAGAGUUCUGCCCGUUCCCUUGUAGGAUCCAGUCUCGAAGGUGUGGCAACUCCUCAGGCAUCAGCAUGGCUGCCCCCGCCUUCAGCAGAACGUGAACAUUCUCUGUCAUGUGUGGUAACUCAAGAUGGGGAGACGCCAGCACAAAUGAUAGAAGAAAAUUUGAACUGUCUUGGCCAUUUAAGCUCUAUUAUCCAUGAAGCAGAGGAGGAGCAGAGCAGUAGCCUGAGGAAUCUCGACUGGAGCUGGUUAACGGAAUGACUUGCCACUUGGUCACUGUCCCCACACCUAUGGACGUUGUUGCUGCUGCACAUGUUGGAAGUUUGUUAUUCCCCCAUGAUUCUUCAGGCGCCAGUCAAGGGAAGAAACGGCUGUGAUCAGAAACCAUUUCUUCUGCAAUCAGAAAAACAUGACUUCACAAGCGUAUUUUUAUUUGGGAUAAUUUUAGCUUCUGAACAGAAUUUUAUAAAAAGUCAAGGGGCUUGUUCAAAUGUUUGUUUUCAUACUACAGCUAUUUGGGAGCCUCGCCAUUGUGACUUAUGUUUUCAAACUUGGUAAAACUGCUCAAUGGACAGAAAAUACCUUCUGAAGUUGUGAUUUUCAAGCAUAAGGCCCAAUUUAGUUUUGUGUGCAGAGAAGAAAACCCAGCUAACUUGCAUUUUAAAGUGAAAGUUUUCUACCUGUGUCUGCGGAAGAGACUGCUCACAAGUAAAACUGUACUUCUCGAAGAACAAACCCUACCUCCUUGUGUUGCCCUCAGCAAGGGCUCUCCCUGGCAACACAAGGAGUUGGCGUCAUCAUUUUAACUUGACCCCCACUGUCACAGUAGCCCUUCUUCUGGAAGGAGCUGUGCGUCUGUGCCUCCAACACCAGCUGACUCACGAGUCAUGUUAAGUGUGUUGUGUGUAUAUGUAUUUAAGAUGUACAUUGAUAUCAAAGAGAAGAUGCCUGUUAAUUUAUAAUGUAUGUGAAAGCUUGUUUUUCCAUUUGUACAAAUGGGCCCUUUGUAAACAAUCUUUCAUGUGUUGUCUUGCAGAUUUAUAAAGGUCUGCACUCCCCCAUCUGUAAUUGCACUCCCAGAUCCGAAAACAAGGUUUUCCUAAGCUUGGUGACAAAACUCAUUUGCUUGCAAAUCUGAUCUGAACUGACAUUGAAUCCAUUUAUCCCGCACGGUGUGAAAAUCCAUUUAUGUUGCUGCAGAAUUAUCAAUGUGUUUGAUGAUGGGAGUGUGCCACCAUACACUGCCGAGGGCUUCCGUAGUAUGCACUGAAGUACCUUUCUAAAAUCUGAAAAUCUCCGAAUUCUGAAACAGAGUGCCCAGGGUUUCAGACAAACGACUGUGUACCUACCAUCUCUUAAGUAAGUUAGGUGUUGUCUUUAAAAAUGUGAAAUGCUUUUAUAUUCUAUACAGUUUUUCACUUUGUAUAUUAAAUGAUUUUUAAAUUAC